AGAAGAAGAAAACAGGGCAACGCAGGGGGUAAAAAAGAGGGAGGAAUUAGGAGAAAGAGAUGAAGAGGAUGGAGGAGUGGAGAGAGAGCAGAGAUACAGAUCCCUGGUUACUGAGGCUCACAUGAGUGUAUGGACCCGAGCCCGGCCAGAGUACUACAAGACGCUGUCAAAGAAUGAGUGUGUGAGGGCGGAGUGUUGGUGCGAGAGAGAGUGUGUGUGCAUGUGUGCAGCUGAUGGGUUUGCACAAACUAUAGUUCGGUCCUUGCAACUCAGCAGAAGAGAGUGUCAGAGUUACCCAUCACUCCAGCGGCAGUCAGAUAAGUGAGCUUGUCUCUGUGUGUCUGUGCAGCCAGGUGUGUGUGUGUGAGUGCAUGAACAGGGCAGACCAACUGUUUAAGAGCUAAACAGGGUCAGGCGUACCCAGAGGACUGCUGCUGAACUAUACGGGAACAAAGUGGCAAGACAAACUCAUGUGAGCUCAGAGCAGGUGCACGGCCAGACCAGGGACACACAUACAAACACGAACACACACACUUCAGUCCAGCCAUCUCAGGUGCAGGUAGUGUGUUUGUAUAUGUGUGUGCUUUGGUACCCAACACUUGUAAAACAGGAAAGAGGGGCUGCGAUGGGGUGUCAGUGAGCUUCCUCAGGGGAUCCCAGUCCUUUUGACUCCCGUCUCUCCUCAGACGCUCUCCUCAUUCUUCAGCGCCUCUGCCUGAGGGCGUCACUCCCUACCUCGCCCAAAACCAUCAAGUGGACUUGGACUCUCAGACGAGGCGAAGGCAAAGCCGAGCCCUCUGUCUAGGACUCCCACAGGAAGUGGGGUCAUUGCUGAUUUCCUGUGACCAGUGGAUGCCUCCUAACCCCAACCAUGGGAGAAUGGACCAUCCUAGAGCGCCUCCUAGAGGCUGCUGUGCAGCAGCACUCUACUAUGAUUGGAAGGAUCCUGCUCACAGUAGUGGUGAUCUUCCGCAUCUUGAUCGUGGCCAUUGUGGGUGAGACGGUGUACGAGGACGAGCAGACCAUGUUCAUCUGUAACACCCUGCAGCCGGGCUGCAACCAGGCCUGCUACGACAAGGCCUUCCCCAUCUCCCACAUCCGAUACUGGGUCUUCCAGAUCAUACUGGUGUGCACACCCAGCCUCUGCUUCAUCACUUACUCCGUCCACCAAUCAGCCAAGCAGAGGGACCGGCGCUACUCUUUCCUCUAUCCCAUACUGGAGAGGGACUACGGGGGUAGGGACGGUGCGAGAAAGUUGAGGAACAUCAAUGGCAUCCUGGUCCAACAUGGCGGAGACGGAGGAGGUGGGAAGGAAGAGCCUGACUGCCUGGAGGUGAAGGAGAUCCCCAAUGCGCCGAGAGGCCUCACCCAUGGGAAGAGCUCCAAGGUUCGCAGGCAAGAAGGCAUCUCGCGCUUUUACAUCAUUCAGGUGGUGUUCAGGAACGCGCUGGAGAUCGGCUUCCUGGCGGGCCAGUACUUCCUGUAUGGCUUCAGCGUGCCCGGGAUUUUCGAGUGCGACCGCUACCCGUGUCUGAAGGAGGUAGAAUGCUACGUGUCCCGGCCGACGGAAAAGACCGUUUUCCUGGUUUUCAUGUUUGCGGUGAGCGGCAUCUGCGUGGUGCUCAACCUGGCCGAGCUCAACCAUCUGGGCUGGCGGAAGAUCAAGGCGGCCAUCAGGGGCGUCCAGGCACGCAGGAAGUCCAUCUGCGAGAUCAGGAAGAAGGACAUGGCGCAUCUGUCGCAGCCGCCCAACCUGGGACGCACGCAGUCUAGUGAGUCAGCCUACGUAUGAACAGGAAGAGAAGGAGCUGUGCAGAGGAAGAGUAGGAGUGGAAUGAAUGUGCAAGGGAGAGAGAAAGAGAGAGAAUUUAUUAUGAAUUUAAUUUAAUGAAGAAGAUAUUGAGGUCCAAUGAGAGGAUCUCUCCUCUGUAGUGAUGGAAAGAAGCAGAAUGUAAAAAAAAAAGACCAAAAUGUCCAGCUUUACGACUGAGAGCCAGAACAGAAGAAGAAGAAAAAAAGGAGGCUCUAUAAACGAAGAACACCUAAUUUGAUCAAAGACACUUUGGUCAGACGAAGCAAAGAAGACAUUCCAGCUGCCGUGGAAUAUUUUAUACACUUUUCUGUUGUUUUGUUUUUUCAAGUUAAUUACCCUAUCAUGUCCCUCUCGUUUCUUUUAAUGAGAGGAAUGUAGCCUCAAAGGACUGGAUAUGAGAGGGGAGGACCGGAGAUGCGAAGAAGAGGAGACGGGAGAGGAGACCAGAUGAGAGGCUGUUUUCUGUUCAUUGAGGGCUGUAAGGACAUCAGGAGAUGAUGGUGGUGUUUGAUGUAUCCCAUGGUGCUUUUCUUCUGGACUAUGUCAGCCCCAGUGAAAAAGGGAGGACAGGAAAGAGGAUUGGGAGAGGGGAGAUGAGCAGGAACAUCAUUAAAAGAGGAGCGGAAGAGCUGUCAAAACCAUGAUGGACUCUAGCGAAAGAAGCAGAGAGCAGGAGAGACAGAGAGAGAGAGAGAGAGGGAGAAAGAUGUUUGCUCUCCAA